AGGGUGGGGACACUCUGGCCCGGCUCUCGGUGGUGAGGAAGACAGUGCGAGUAGCGGCCGCUCUGGUCGGCGGACGUGCUGCCUAGCAGUCCCGGAAGCGAAGCAGUGAUGGCGGAGAGUCCGACUGAAGAGGCGGCGACGGCGGGCGCCGGGGCGGCAGGCCCCGGUGCGAGCGGAGUCGCCGGUGUUGUUGGCGUUAGCGGCAGCAGCGGAGGGUUCGGGCCUCCUUUCCUGCCGGAUGUGUGGGCGGCGGCGGCAGCAGCGGGUGGGGCUGGGGGACCAGGGAGCGGCCUGGCUCCGCUGCCCGGGCUCCCGCCCUCGGCCGCUGCCCACGGGGCCGCGCUGCUUAGCCACUGGGACCCCACACUCAGCUCCGACUGGGACGGCGAGCGAACCGCGCCGCAGUGCCUACUCCGGAUCAAGCGGGAUAUCAUGUCCAUUUAUAAGGAGCCUCCUCCGGGAAUGUUCGUUGUACCUGAUACUGUUGACAUGACUAAGAUUCAUGCAUUGAUCACAGGCCCAUUUGAUACUCCUUAUGAAGGGGGUUUCUUCCUGUUCGUGUUUCGGUGUCCGCCCGACUAUCCCAUCCACCCACCUCGGGUCAAACUGAUGACAACGGGCAAUAACACAGUGAGGUUUAACCCCAACUUCUACCGCAAUGGGAAAGUCUGCUUGAGUAUCCUAGGUACGUGGACUGGCCCUGCCUGGAGCCCAGCCCAGAGCAUCUCUUCCGUGCUUAUCUCCAUCCAGUCCCUGAUGACAGAGAACCCCUAUCACAACGAGCCUGGCUUCGAGCAGGAGAGACAUCCAGGAGACAGCAAAAAUUAUAACGAAUGUAUCCGGCAUGAGACCAUCAGGGUGGCGGUCUGUGACAUGAUGGAAGGAAAGUGUCCCUGUCCUGAGCCCUUACGAGGCGUGAUGGAGAAGUCCUUCCUGGAGUAUUACGAGUUCUAUGAGGUGGCCUGCAAAGAUCGCCUGCACCUUCAAGGCCAGACUAUGCAGGACCCUUUUGGAGAGAAGCGUGGCCACUUUGACUACCAGUCCCUCUUGAUGCGCCUGGGACUGAUCCGUCAGAAAGUUCUGGAGAGGCUCCAUAAUGAGAACGCCGAAAUGGACUCUGACAGCAGCUCAUCGGGGACAGAGACAGACCUGCACGGGAGCCUGAGGGUUUAGAUCCUGCGCCCCUCUCCCUUCCCCCCACUCGAGAGUCUCAGCAAAGUUCCUUCCCCCGCCCCAGGGAUGGAGAGGCACUGUGUAUCUCCCUCCAGCGUGACGCCAUUCUGCAAGAUAGCAAGAACCAAGCAAGCUUGGAUCCCAGGGUGUGGGGACGGGGGGUCUGUUCCCCAUCUGACCUCCUUGGCUCUCGGGCAUCUGGGGGCCGCGUUCAUCCCAUAUCAGGGGCCAAGGUACCUAUGCAGGAGCGCCUAGGGCGAGGGCCUUUGGCAAAAACAAAACAACCAACACACCUCUCCGCAGGGCCAGCUCCUUAGGGAUAGGUGGGAGGUAGAAAUUGCAAUUCCAAGAGGGAGUGUGCCCAAAUGAUUUACGGGGUAACCGGAAGGGAGCUUGGGGUGGGGGGCUGUCUGACAUGUAAGCAGUCUGGGUGGUUGUACGUCUGUCUCUUCAGUCUUGAAACAGGGCUUCCCAGUGCCCUUUUCCUCCUCGCCUCUCUUCCCCGUUAUUUCCCAUGGGCCAGCAUAAUUUUGUUUUUCCUAAUUUAUCGUCACUGUUCUAGACAGACCAAAGAGAAGGAACAGUGGUGGAAUCUAGGCUGCUGAUCAGUGAGCUUUACCUAGCACCUGAGCACCUUUCUCUCCUGUCGCCCAUCCCCUCCCCCAUUUCUAGAUUGAAGACAGAAAAUAAACGUGAUAGGACUGAA